AUGUCAUCAACAAUAAAUGGUCUACCUAACCCUCCCAUCUUUGAACCAAGAGAUAAUCCAGGUUUCAUCCUACAUGGAAAGCUUAGAACUAGCUACGAGCAAUUGCCCGUACCUCACGUAGGACCCGAUGAAGUUCUUGUGGAAGUUAAGAAAACUGGAAUUUGUGGUUCUGAUGUACAUUUCUACAACACGGGGAAAAUGGGACUCGUAUCAUGUUGUGGUCCCAUGUGUCUAGGACACGAAUCAUCCGGUAUAAUCGUUCAACUGGGUGCUAAUUGCGCUGCGAAGGCUGCAGCGGCGGAAGAGGUUGAGAAAGCACUCACGAAUGGUCAAGGGUCGGAUAAUGUUAGGGGUGUUGUUGGUGCUAGAGCUUUGAAAUUGGGUGAUAAAGUAACUAUGGAGCCAGGGACAACCUGUAGAAUGUGCUCAGAUUGUCGUAGUGGUCGUUAUCAGAUCUGCGAACAUAUGGCUUUUGCAGCUUAUCCACCUUUUGACGGUACUCUUCAGAGGUAUUACAAACUCAGACUUGGUCUACCCCUCCCAGACUCCGUAGACCUCGUCUACGGUGCAAUGAUGGAACCUCUAUCCGUCGCCGUCCAUGCUGUCGCCACCACCGGUGGAGUGAGAGCAGGAUGGAAUGUUAUCAUCAUGGGUGCAGGUCCGGUAGGACUUUUAGCUAUGGGUGUUGCGAAAGGUAUGGGAGCGGCAAAGAUCGUAGCGGUAGAUAUCAAUACGGAAAGAUUGGCAUUCGCAAAGACUUAUGCUGCUACUCAUACUUAUGUCCCUUGCGCUCAACUUCCUGAUGAGACUCGUCCGCAGUAUACCCUUCGAGCAGCUGCCGAUCUGUUAUUAUCUACUGGUACACCUGCCAGAGGUCCAGGAUCGAUAGAUCUGGUCGUUGAUGCGACCGGAGCGGAAGUUUGUGUUCAGAUGGGUUUGAAUGCUGUCCGACCUGGGGGAACUUAUGUUCAAACGGGUUUCGGUAACCCUGAUAUCCAAGUUCCGAUGUUUAGGAUCACUACGAAUGAGAUUACUAUCAAAGGUGGAUGGAGGUAUGGUUCAGGAGAUUAUCCCCUCGCCAUCGAUUUAGUCUCUCGUGGAUUGGUAGACCUCAAACCUCUCCUCACACACACUUUCAAAUUCACAGACGCGUUGGAGGCGUUUGAAAUUACGAAAAACGGUAAAGAUAGGGAUGGCAAGUUUGUGAUUAAAUGUGUCAUUGAUGGUCCGGAGUAG